ACUUUACAUACUUUUCUGGUCGCUUUUAUUCAACGCGUUCAACGGUUCUCUAUUUAAAACCACACACUCUCCCAUUUUCUCUCUCGCUCUUUGUCUCUGUCUCUCUUUCUUUGUUGUUGUAGCAUUGUUCCAUUUGGAUCUGGUUGAUUUGGGUUACAGACUUCUAGCAUUCUAGUUCAAAAUGGAAAAUGAGGAUCAGUACCUACAUGCUUCUAAGCCAAAAUUUGAGUGUCUUCUAUUCGAUCUGGAUGACACCCUUUACCCUCUUAGUUCUGGUUUGUCGGUACAAGUCACCAAGAAUAUUCAAGAAUAUAUGCUUCUGAAACUUGGCAUAGAGGAGAAAAAGGUUCCUGAAUUAUGUUUUUCGUUGUACAAGGAUUAUGGUACAACGAUGGCUGGUCUCAGGGCUGUUGGAUAUAACUUUGAUUAUGAUGACUUCCAUGGUUUUGUUCAUGGAAGAUUGCCCUACAAUUUGCUAAAACCUGACCCUGUACUGAGGGGUCUUUUGCUUAGCCUGCCUAUUCGGAAAGUUGUCUUUACAAAUUCAGAUAUGGCCCAUACUGCUAGAGUGCUUAGCAGGCUUGGAUUGGAGGACUGCUUUGAAAGGAUUAUAUGCUUUGAAACUCUGAAUCCAACCAACAAAGAGAAUGUUCCUGUGGAAGAGGAUGACACAGAAUUGGGGGUCCCAAGAUCAAGUACCAUUUCAGGGACAAAUGAGUAUAUGAGUGAACCUAAUGAUAGUUCAGUACUUCCCAGCACCCCAGUUAUUUGCAAACCAUUUGAAGAAUCAUUUGAAGAAGUUUUCAAGAUAGCCAAUAUCAACCCUCAAAGAACAGUGUUCUUUGAUGAUAGUAUUCGUAAUUUACAGACUGCAAAGCGUUUGGACCUUCACACUGUGAUGGUGGGCAGUUCUCACCGCCUUGAAGGCGUGGAUCAUGCACUGGAGAGCAUACAUAAUAUCAGGGAAGCACUGCCAGAGCUCUGGGAAGCUGAAGGGAAGUCUGAAAACAUUGCGUAUUCAGGAAAGGUUGCAAUUGAGACAUAUGUGAAGGCUUAGCUGUGGUGUGAAAGAAAAUAAAGUUUUUACCACCCCCUAGAUGCAUGAUUGUAUUUAUUCUAGAUAGAUUAGAUCUCCUAUCACUAAUAUAAUUGAAGUCUUUAUAAUUUAUGUGUCAUGUGACUUGUUAGUUACCAAAUCCAUGUUUCUUGUAAUAGAACUUCCUAAACUAUAUCCAUUAUAUGCGGGGUGGAUGAUGAUGCACCUCUAUUUCUAACAUAA